AUGCAACUCAACCCCAUAGCCCUCGCCCUCCUCUCCACCCUCACCCUCGCCCGCGCCGACCUGAGCUACUACUGCGAAAUGGCCAAGGACAAAUCCAACUUCAUCCAGAAAGCCUACUGCUGCGAUGACCUGGUCCCUGCCCGGUACGCGCAGGGCUCGCUCCAGGCGGAGAAUUGUACGCUUGCGGAUCCGAAGACGGUGGGGGAUAAGUGCCCGAAUGACGGGACGGUGCCGGUUUGCUGUUAUACGAUUGAGCAUAUCUUUAUUUGUACUUCAAAUGGGUAUAUCCAGGACCUGUAG